UUUUGUUUGUUAAAAGUGCAAACGUGUGUUUAAAAAUGAUCGGUGAAGUUUAAUUCAGCCACCUGAAUCGUGACAUCAGUUGUGUCAAAAAAGGAUUGCUAUGCAACUUUAGUUGAUGUCCUAAUAAAAGGCACAGAAUAAAUCUUGUGAAUAAGAUUAUAACACAGCAUAAUUUCAUUGUAGUUAUUCAUAUAAAAUUCGCUGUGGGUAUGUGUAACUCUGUUGUAGAAUAGACCAUUUAAAAUGUUACAGAGAAUGAGUAAAGAAGCAAUGGGGCAAACUUUUGCUCUUAGUGUAAACUAAUUUACAAAAUGCCUAAAUAAUUAGCAUGCUUAAUCUCAUUUAUGCAAAAAGGAAUACACGGGCGUGUGCAUACAAUUAUAGAAGACCUCAGUGAUUUGCUGUAUUGUUCAUAAUGAUCACACACAACCAAGUUGAACACACAAAUAUUAAAGCAUACAUAAAUCAAAAAUUUGAAAUAGUUUUUUUUAUCCCCUUAAAUAGUCGGUUAGCUGCUCUAAAUGAUAAGCUGUCUAAUUUAUUAUUUAUUUUAGUUAUGCAGUUUCACACAGAGUGCAGGUAAAAGGAAAUGGGCAACUGCACAGUUUGGUGAACAGCACUUCUACAUGACCUGUCAUCCCUUCAAAUUAAUUAUUAAGCCCAGUGUAAACAACUGCAGUCUGUCUGGUCAGAUUUUUCUUUCAAUGCUGAGCUGGAACACACACAACAGGCUUCCACUGGAAUCUGCAGGCUUUAAGCCCUUUGGACAAGUUUCCCAGGUAGGGAGCAGAAAGAAGAGUUUUAAAGGGAAACACGUUAGCCGACUUAAGACAAUACGGGCAAGCAUGAGGUUUUUACUCAGGCCCACUGAACUGUCAAUGGCCCGUAUCCUUUCCCUGCUCCAGCCCCAACCUUUUCUUGCUGUCGUGAGCAGACAAAAACCAGCGUUGUGCAAAAUGUCAAUGGCCUCACGGUCACGGGAAGUCUUUGCAGCUGCAGUGCAAGCUGUGCACCCAGACACCGUAGUUCGACAGAGUAUAGAACGCAAGGAGGACUCAGUCAUUAUUGAUGGUCACAAGUUCACUCUCAAACACAAUGUGCACUUGGUGGGUUUUGGGAAAGCUGUUCUAGGAAUGGCUGCUGAGGUAGAGAGGAUUAUGGGCGAUCAUUUAGUAAAAGGAGUCAUAAGUGUGCCACAUGGGAUUCAGCAGACAUUACAGCAGCAUGGAAAAGGCAAUCUGCUACUAAAAGAAAACAGUCAAAUCAAAGUAAUGGAAGGAGCAAAACACAACUUACCUGAUGAGGAUGCCCAGAGGGCAGCUGAGAGGAUCAAGCAGUUAGCCAGUGAACUGACAGAAAAAGACUUGUUACUGGUGCUUAUUUCAGGUGGAGGCUCUGCUCUUUUACCUUCACCAAUCCCACCCAUCUCACUGCAAGAAAAACUAGAGGUUACCCGCAAACUUGCAGCUGCUGGUUCCACAAUUCAAGAACUGAACACUGUACGUCGAGCCCUCUCUUUGUUGAAGGGUGGAGGACUUGCACAUCAUGCUCACCCUGCACAGGUGGUUGCACUAAUACUGUCUGAUGUGAUUGGGGAUCCACUUGACUUGAUAGCUAGUGGCCCCACAGUGAGGAGUGAGGUGUGGCCUGAGGAAAUUUUGUCCAUCCUUGAACGUUACAAGAUGCUAAAUUCCCUGCCAGCUUCAGUAAAUGAUGUCCUUUCUAGACAAAGUCCUAGAUGGAAAGACAAUAAGGAUGAAUCUGAUACAUCAGGACAUGUUCUUAAUGUUGUGAUUGGCUCUAAUAGUGUUGCUCUUCAGUGUGCAGGUCGUCGUGCUCGAGAGUUAGGUUUCCGCCCUGUUGUGCUUUCACCAGGAGUGUGUGGUAAUGUGAGGUCUGUCUCCAGACUUUAUGGCCUGUUAGCUCGCUUUGCCUGUUCUCGAGAGGAACCUCCUCCUGAGAUUGCUGCGGAGGUGCUGAGGCUUGGACCAGAAGUAGGCGUGGAGAGCUGGGACCUGUGCCGCACCAUGCAGGUACUAGAUGAAGGACGUACAGAAGGAUGGGGUGCCACAUGUCUGCUGGCGGGAGGAGAGCCUACUGUGGAGCUGACAGGCAAAGGUCGAGGUGGUCGAAAUCAAGAGCUGGCUUUGCGAGUAGGUGUGGAACUGAGAGGCCUGAAGCUCCCACCGCAUGGUCCUGUGUUCCUGAGUGGUGGCACUGAUGGACAGGAUGGGCCCACUGAAGCAGCAGGGGCCAUCACUGAUGCGGGGUUAUAUGAUGAAGCCAAAGCACAAGGGCUGGAUAUUGAUAACUUCCUUAUCAAUAAUGAUUCUUAUACAUUUUUUUCUCGUCUCUCCGCUAGACAGCGUUUACUUACACCAGGCCUGACCUGCACAAAUGUCAUGGAUGUACAUGUGCUACUUAUUCCAGCAAUUCCCAUAGAAAUAAGAUAAUUCCAAAGCACAACAAAUAAAAUAACCCGUGGAUCUC